AUGUUGUAUGUUUAAAUAAUUUAUAUAAAUAUUGUAUUUACUUAUUUACUGUAUUUAUUUGACAAUUAAGUGUAAAUUUUUUUUCAGAGAAGAAAUUUCAAAUGUUGCCAUUAUCAAAGAAGUAUACGAUAAUGAAAACGCACAUGAGACGUUUGAAUAUGAACUAGAAAGAGCAUUAGAAUCUGAAUGCAGUUUAAUUAUUAUUGAACCAUCCAAAUUAGGUGAUGAAACCUCCAGGUGGAUAGCAGUAGGAAAUUGUCUUCAUAAGACUGCAGCUGUAUCUGGUCUUGCUGCCAUAACCACAGGUCUAAUUUGGGGUGAUCAGCCAUAUAUUUGUGGCCCAUUAGGUUUUAUAUCUGUUAUAUCCUGUGGACUUUAUACUGUUUCUUGGCAGUUUGAUCCCUGUUGCCAAUAUCAAGUAGAGACUGACACGAGCAAAUUACCACAUGUAGAAUUGUUAGCUGUUUUAGGACCAUCUUCUCCAACAUUUCUUGUAAGAAAAGAUGACACAAGAAGAAGAAUUCUUCAUACAACUAUUACAUUGGUAGCUCUGGGUAUCAGUGCAUGGAGAGUUUAUCAAGCAUUUAAAUGA